AUGACAAAGAACAAGAAGUCAGACAAACCAAGAACAAGAAGGCGGAAAACCAAGAAACCAAGAACCAAGAACCCAAGAAAACCAACAAGGAGAACCAAGAAACCAAGAAGGCGAGAAGGCAAGAAACCAAGAAGGUAUGAAGGCAAGAAACCAAGAAACCAAGAAGAAGAAGCAAGAGAAGCAGCAAAACCAGAAGAAGAAACCAAGCAAGAAACCAAGAAAAGAAACCAAGAAACCAAGAACCAAGAACCAAGAAGGCGAGAACCAAGAAACCAAGAAGGCAAGAAACAAGAAACAAGAAGGCAAGAAACCAAGAAACCAAGAAACCAAGAAGGCCAAGAAACAAAUCCCAAGAAACCAAGAAACCAAGAACCAAGAACAAGAAGGCGAGAAAAGCAAAAUGAAAAAAGACAACAGGCACAAGAAGACAGAAAACCAAGAAACCAAGAAGGCGAGAAGGCAAGAACAAGAACCAAGAACCAAGAAGGCAAGAAGCCAAAAACCAAGAAAAAGAAACCAAGAGGCAAGAAACACCAAGACAGGCAAGAAACCAAGAAGGCAAGAAACCAAGAAACCAAGAAGGCAAGAAACCAAGAAACCAAGAAGGUAAGAAACCAAGAAAGGAACCAAGCCACCACGCCCUCGGAAAACAUCAAUAGGACUUAA